GUAAGCACCGCGAUAAACCGACGACAUGUGCACCGGCCGACCGCGAAGGAGGCGCUCGUGGAAUGUAUACGUCCGUCAAGUGGACAUCCAAGAAGAUAUCGAUCACGCGUUCGGAUAAUCGUGGCUGUUAAUUAUGAUCUGAACUCGAAGACUGACACGAAGCCGCCCAAUGAUCGUAGCCCGUUCGGAUUCGCCCCGCCGACGCCUCUCCUACUCGAACGCUACCGCUCCAAAGAAGACUGACGUCUGCUUCAGAAUCGAUUUAAGCUGUCAGGAUACUUGUAUACUAACUGGACGCUCAAACGUCUCUGAUCGAGUUAUAAACAAUCCGUUACUUAGCGGAAGUUUGAAUCUUGUUUGAUCCUUGGAUGCUUGGAUGUGUGUGAACGUAUGCGAGUCACACAGAGAUAAUCGAUCCGUUGCUUUUUAUAACGUACGCGCUAAAUAAUUUCACGCUCACGUAAGAUAUCCGUGUUUCGAAGUUACUCUUCGACUGCCGGCGAUUACCCGCGAGACUGAAUAAGUCUACAGCUACAAUUGAAAUUUUUAAGCAACUCGAUACACCGAUUUUCGUAUCGUAAUACAUCUCGCGUGCAUUAUUAUUGCGCACAAUUAUUGCAUCGGUGACCGUCGAGCGAGUAUGAAAAACGCCACCCUAUUCCAAAUAAUAUUCUUAGUGCAACCGCAUGUUGCUCCAAAUUUAUAUUGUGCUAAUUAUAUACAUCGUCGCUCUAUAUUGCUCAGUUUGUUGCCUUACGAGCGAUGAAAGUCGCGGUGGUUGCAACAAUCGCAGAAAUAUUGUGUAAUAUGCAACGACGAACUGACAACAUUAUAAACAACCGUCUCAGGCAUUCGUACGAAAAACAUUUAAUAAGUAGAGAGUAAUUGAAUGCGGAGCGACGAUCACUGUGUGCCACGUCGAGGUUGAAUCUUCUUCAGGUAUUGGCACUAAAAUUUUGCGACGUUAAGGCGGAAAGAAACGCACUCGGACUAGUUCUCGAACACACGGGACCCGAAAAUAGAUCAGUGGCGAUGCAAUACCGCAGUAUUACCAUCCUUCCGGGAAAAACUGCGCCACGGACGAGAUCGUGAAGCACGAGCGGCUGCUCAACUCUUAAAUAGACAGCAUUAUAUAAGAUUUCUUUUUAAUACAUUACGAAAUUGGAUGAGAAAUCAGAUGAAUGGUCACAGGUGUUGCACGUAAUCGCCGGCAUUUUGCGUAUACGUUCGAGUAGAGAGACUACAAAUCCAUGAACAGAAGAAGGGUACGGACGAGGGAACCGCAUCAUCGUCUGUUCGGUACGGAGAGGAGGGCAGAUCGCUCGGACGUGUUCUCCUGGCAGCGGUGCCGAUUGGAUAACAAUAAUGUCGUGCGGUGGAUGAAGGCACGGCGGAGGUUGAGGGGGAAGAGAGGCGCAAGAUGUACGGACGUCAGGAUAAUUCGGGCGACGGUAGCUCGAGCCAGGUGCCGCCGUGGCUGGUGCGCGCCGAAGUCACGAUCCGCCACGGCGACGCGGUGACCUCCGAGACCGUGCAAAUGCCUCCGGGUACCACCACCACCACCGACGCGGGCGGCAUCCGCAUGAUAUGCCGCUGGAACACGGGCGAACCGAACUCCACGUCAACGCCGCCGUCAGCCGCCAACGCGUUCCGGUCGUCGGGUAGCACCGCCGGCGGCUUCGGCUUUCAACGGGGCAAUAUACUCUUCACGUCCACGCCGCCCGAGAGGCCGUCGGAGAGAUCAUUAAGCGGGUCAUACACUCUGCCGCGCUCGGGCUCGUCCGGUAACGACGACUCCAUCUCGUCCUGCAGAGGCCGAGCGAACGUCUCCGACUCCGGCUACAACAGCGAACAGUUCACGCCGCACACGUACUCGACCUUGCCCGCGCGAUGCUCGCCUCAACAGUACAAUCGCCGAUGCAAGAGCACGUGCAGCAUUGUACUUUCUACCGUGGGCGCGGACAAGGCUAAUCCUGAGAAAGCUACGUCCGCCGAGUCCUCGAAAAUCACGCCGUCCAUCGAUCAGUGGUACCGCCGAUCCUCGCAGCAACAGGCCUUUUCGCGUCAUCAAUUCAGCGCGGUCCCGGAGGUCUGCGAGGACUGCGCAGAGGGAAGCGCAUCGAGUGCCUUCACCACGCACUUUUGCACUCGCGUCGCGGAAAAGACUGCGAACAGCAGCAGGUCCACAGGUGCGGAGAGCAAGGACGCGGCGUCGCAAACCACCGACAUCGAAUCGGUGCGCUCGUCGUCGACUGUGAAGAGCAGCAGAACUAAGAGGAAAUCUGGCACUGGUGCAGCUUAUCAGCGUAGCGAGCAGAAAAAGGAGCAGGAAAUCCGAUCGCCCCCGGCAUCAGUUGGGAAUACCAGUACCGGUCCUUCGGCCGAUCCAGAGAAAUCGGACUCGUCGGCGAAGGAGGAUAGCAGCAGCAAGCGCAAGUCGCGGACGGUACAUAUCGAUGUGUACUGCACGGGAUCCGACGACGGCGCCAGCACGGACACGAUCAGCGAGGACGAGCGCAGCACGCCGAUGACCGUCUUCGAGAACGAGGACGUCAGAGUCACUCACACUCAAGCGAUGGACAAUUUGCCGCGGGGCUUCCAAGACGCGAACGCGUUUCUGAAGCGCAGCGCCGAGCGACGAUGCGCGAGUUUCAGAAAUGCGCCGAUGAGGAUGCCUUCGUUGGCCAGCUCGAAGGGAUACGACAGCGACGAGGUUCUGAGCUCCCUCUACCCCUCGCGAUUCAGCUCGUACAGCGGGAUACGGGAUCUCGAUUCCGUCCCUUGGUCCGCGGUGUCGUCCAGCACGGCUCUGUCGCCGUGCGAUUACGAAUCGACGACCAUGACGUCGUCGAAGGACACGUUUUCCGAUAUCGAGUCCCUGAUCAACAGCAAAUCCGGCUUAACGCCUUGCGACAGCUUCGAAUACGCCAACACCGCGGAUCGCGAUAGAAUACGGAGAAUGGAUGUCCUGGCGAAAGCCGGUAACGAGAGAAUCAGAACCUGGCGGUCGCCGCAAAUCGAACGGAAGCAUCUGCUGCAGAAUAGGAAGAUGAGGGAGUACUUCGAGAAACAUCAGAUUAAUUGGUCGUCCGGGGAGAGUGCCGAGGAUUCCGACGAGAGCGGGGCAGUCGGUUGGAGCUUCGUGUCCGGCGAUGAUAAAUCACGAUUCAAAAGAGAUUCGAUCGUCCGUCGUACGAGCAAGGGUCAAACGGAGGAAUCUAAUGCGACUAAUUUAGACUCGGGGCAUGGAAAGGCGCAAGAGGAACGCUCCCAGUUCGCGACACGCCGAGAUUACGUUCCGUACACGAAUGUCUUACGCGAUCGUAUCGGUCCGUUCGGAUCGAAGAGCCCCUCUCCCCUUCCCUCGAUCAUACCCUCCCGCGUAACGUCUCCCUUCACUACGCCGUACGGAGAGAGAACUGAUCAUAUCGUAAAAGCGUCAAAAUUUGGUGCGGUAAUCAGCGCGUUUCGUAAACCCGGACAUCAUAUAGGCCCCUCGAAAAAUCCGACGUGUUCGUGCGAGCAUUGCCGAAGUUACUUCGAGAACGAAGCGAGAGGACGAUCCUCCUCGUUGAGCGAGCUCGAACGUCAUCCGGCAUUCAAAUCGCGAAAAAAGAGUGACGUCGGAUUUCAUUAGCUUCUGGAGGAUUUUAAUCAUAUUGUUUCUUCAGUUUUUACGAGACGACAAAUGCUUUCCACUUCGUUUAUUUAUGUUGUAAGAUUUGUAUAUGCAUAAAAAAGAAAACAAAUUGCGUUCCAUUACGUUCAUGGCGAUUGUGAGGAUAGUAUAAACUUGUAUAUUGUGAUUUGUGUGCUUAAUUUAUAUUUCUUAAAGUAUUCCAUACAUAUUCUAUACAUAGCUUUUUUAUCGAAAUUAAUUAUACGAUGGCUGCUAAAAAAAAAACACAUUCUGCUGAAAAUUGAGCAUUUAUAAAAAUUAACAAAGAUGUAUUAUAUUGAUUGCAUCGUUAAUAAAUACCAUGUCGGACAUUG